AUACCUAGAAUCCUUCAUUGGAUGCAUGUUAGAGUUGGUGAAGCAGAAGUUGAAAAAGCCUUUUCCUCUAAUGAAGUGAUUACUGAGGUAUAUGUAAGCAAAGAAGAGAUGUACAUUGAAAUAGUUAAAGAAGCUAUAGAUGGUGAUCAUAAUAUUAGAGUGAAGGACAACUUGCAUAGGCGAUCGAUUGCUGAUAUUGUGGCUGAAAAUGAAGCUCUGCGUACUAUUAUUGUUGACCAAGAGGUCUCAAUUGCCAAGCUUGAGAAAGAGGUAGAGAAGCUACAAAUGAUUCGUGCAAAGAAGAGGCAACGAAAGGUUUAUGAUGCCAGAACUCCAUUUAAGAACUCAAAUUCAAAGGGAGAUUAUAAGUUAGAUGAUGAAUUUGGGGGCACAAUUUUACAUAAAGAUAAUAAGAUAGUACUUUACAGUGCUUGGAAGUCAAACUCAGAAAAAGGUGAUGAUGUUGGGAAUAUUGACAUUGAAAAAGAUGGUGAUGAUUUAGUUGAUGAAGAAAUUCUUAUUCAAAACUCUGACAUGUACACGCGUUUAAAGGCUCAACCUAGGAAGCGUGUGAAAAGCGUUUCUUUGAAAACCCCUUGGACAAGAUUAGAUAGGAAAAACUGUAGGCGCAUUGAAUAAAUCAUGUUUGGUUUGUUAUGUGUAAGGAUCAGAGAAAGUUUGUGAGGAGCUUGAAAAGGAAAUCUCUUUGGUCCAGAACAUUGGAAGAGGUAUACGAUAUUGUGGUCUUCUUGAGGCUGGCCUGGACUAUGGUGGGUUAUGUAAAGAGUUUCUGACUGACCUUUCAAAAGCAACAUUUUGUCCUGAGUAAGUUUGACAAAAUAUUUCAAACUUUCUGGAUUGUAUUUGUUGGUUAUUGCAUCUUUAAGAAUUGACUUUGUAAACUGACACCUAGUCCUUUUUGUCUUAGAUAUGGACUAUUUUCCCAAACCUCAACUUCAGACAGGCUUCUAAUUCCAAUUCCU